AUGGACUUUCCGGACGAUGGCUAUGAAGCCGCCACCGACGGCGAUAGAGAACACGACGAACCCCGACCGCAUGGCAAUCCAGUGGAAUGCAACAUUUGUCGCGACGUGGUAUAUCCUACAUAUCAGGAGCCGGAAUUCUUGGAUAAAAUCCGAGGCAAACCCCUACGAAAGGUCUACGAGAACGACGCAGGCCGCUUGAUAUGCCCUUGCAAGUGCUCAGGCAGCAUUAAAUGGACACACGAGUCUUGUUUGCAGGAAUGGAGGUAUUCGCAGGCUGGCACCGACAACCAGUGGAAAUGCAGUCGAUGUGGGUACCAGUACCGCUUUGAACGCAUGGACUGGGCUCGAAGGUUGCGAAGUCCUGUGCUCGCCUUCGUCCUCGCCAUUGCCAUCGUUCUCUUGACCGUGUUUCUGCUUGGCUUUGUAGGCGACCGCAUUCUAGAUCUUUGGCUCGAUCCCGUGGGAACUGUGUACGAUGUAUUCGGCGGCGAAGCUGACACCUGGGACUUGGACAUGGAUCUCGACGGCGCUCUGGGCGGUAUCCCCAUUCCUGAAAUAGAUGAGGAAGGAUGGGGUUUUCACUUCCUGAAGGGCCUAUUCUCUCUGGGCUUGGUGGGCUUUGUCAAAGCCUUCCUUGCGAUGAGCCCAUUUCAAUGGUGGAAUCUCCGAACCUCGGGUAUCGUAGGUGGCGGCGCCCGUCGCAGAGGCACAGGCCGAGAUCGACUGGAGGAUGUCAACCUGAUGCUAGUAGUAAUCGGCGCCGCCACUUUCUUUUGGGCUGUCUGGAAAGGCACGCGAAAAUGGACACAGAAAGCUCUCGACAAGACUAGCGAGAGAAUCAUGAACGCCCAGCCUGUUGAUGAUGAUGAUGAUGAUGAUGACGUUGAUGAAGACGCAGCUGAGAGAAAUGGGACACCCGAUACUCCCAAUGCCGCACCUGAGACAACAGAGCCGGUAGAGGCGACCCAGCCUGCGGCGACCGAAGACCCAGUAGACACAGCGGAAUUUGAUUUUGAGUUGAAACCCAAGCUCAGACGUGGAUUCCUCUAA